AUGGGUUCGGAAUUAAAGACCACGGAAGAUUUCGGAUUGAAGCUUUGUGAAGAGUCAACAAAUCUGGCAUCUCUGAAUGCUGAGUUGUCAACCCAGACUCAAGUUAUCAUCUCUAAACUGAAGUCCUUGGAUGCUGCCAUUGGCCUACAAAAUAGUAAUUUCAAUGAAUUUAGGAUGAAGAUAGAUAAUUUUUCAUACUCUUCCAUGAAGAUUCUGGAGGAGAAUGAAAAAGUUGCCAAGACAAAAGUUGAACAGAAUGAGCAGGAAAUAAAAAAAUAUUCAGAUGCGGUUAAAGGAAAAGUUAAUAAAGAAAAGAGGAGAAAUAAUGUGAUCCUAUAUAAUUUGCAAGAAAAAGGGGUUAACACAAAAGAGGUUGUUAAAAAUUUAUUGAAAGAAAUAUCAGAGAUUGAUUUAGAAACAGAGGGAACUGAAAUUUCUAGACUGGGCAGAAAAAUGGAAGAUGAUCAAAAAUCUAGACCAGUUUUGAUUCAGUUUGCAAACAUAAAUACCAAAAAUUUGUUGCUUGCAAAUUGUUACAAACUCAAAAAAUCAGCAAUUUUCAACAAAGUAAUCGUCAAUCAUGAUCUUUCCAAAGAAGAAAGAAGUAACAACAGAAAACUUUUGGAAGAAAAAAAGAAAGAAAUAAGUGCCAAAGAGGACAUAACAAAAUAA